AUGGUUGAAUCAGACGAUGAAUUUACUGAAUUAUGUACCAAGCUCUUGAAGCGGGUUAAAAAGAGCAAGCCAUUGGAGGGUCCGAGUGUUUCCACAGCCAGCACUACAGGCAAGAGCAAGUUAAAAAAGCCCAAACCUUCCAGGACCAAAAGCAAGACAAGUAAUGGGGUCAGUAAGGAGGUGGAACAGAACAUCAAGGCAGGAAAUGGACCAGAGAAGACAAGUAAUGAGGAAGAAGCGGGGAGCACUGUGCAGAUCCACCUGCCCAAUGGGCACACAGAGAAAGAUUGCAGCGGUAAAGAGUCUCAAGAGGAAACAGCUGGACAGCAGGACCAACCUUGUGUGAAAGAUCUUGUCUUGGAAAGGAUGCAGCAGUAUAAGAGGGCACCCCCUGUCCGGAUGAAGCUGAAUAGCUUGGAGACCAAUGGAGAACAGGUCAAAGCAUUUACAGCAGAUGCAGAUGUUCACACCGAUGGGGAUCUUGCGAUGGCUUUGCAACUGGACCUUAAGAAGCAUUCACCUAACUUAGAAGAUGAAGGACUCUUCUUCUGUCAGCUGUGCCAAAAAGACCUGACUGCCAUGAGCAGCGUGCUGCGGGAACAGCAUGUCAACAGGUGUCUGGAUCAGAGUGAAGGUUUACAAGGUAAUUCAGCUGCAUCGGUGGUUCCCUGCUGUCCGUUAUGUGGAAAGCCCUUCACCACAGAGAAAGCCCGUGCCUCUCACCUGAAGCGCUGUGCUGCCAAGCUGGAGGUGCCUGCACAGACGCUAUUGCAAGCUGUGCAGAGACAGGCUACUGAGACGAGCACAGAAGUACCAACAGGGAUAGCCCAUGUAAAGAGGAAAGGGGCACCAAAGCAGAAGGAGCCUUCCAAGAAAAGGAAGAUAGCACAGACUGGAGCAGAUAUGGAAAAUUUGAUGGUUGCAGUGGCGCUUUCACGUUCUUUGCAAGAAGAAAACUUUUCACCAAACCCUGAGUACGCUCAGCCUGCCAGACAGAUCGCUCCAUUAGAAAAGAAAAGUCGUCGGAAAAAGAAGGACAAGCCACCUUCUGUCCUGCUGGUCCAGGCCCCAGAAGAGGCUGUGCAGAAGCUUCAGAAGAGGUUUUCUUUGCUGCUGAGUGAGGAACCUGUAGAGAACAACUUCAUUACACUGCCUGCCAGCCGCUUCUGGAACAUACAGGAGGAAGACAGUGAAACCUGGAGAAUGCGUGCCGGAAAGAAUUGUGUCUUUUGGGAUAUCAGCAACUUGAUGGAGACCAGAGAUACAAUCACCUACUAUACAGCAGCUCUAAAUCCUCCAAUAACUCCAUGGAAGCCUCCCUCAAAGAAGGUGCUAACCUCACAGCCACGUGUGGUUACUCCUAUUACUCCCAAACGUACCUGUAGGAUUGCCAGCAAGCCAAGCACACAGUGACAAAGUUGCUUCUCCUGCCAUCCCCUUUAAAGAUCAGAAGCCACUAUCUGACAGCCAGAAGGACAGACAAGCUUUGCUGGACCUGGCAGAGUUGGCAGGAGAAGGCAUGACACUGACUCAGUGGAACUAUAUACCCAGCAAACCCAGCAACCAAACAGGCCGAGAAUCACCAGUCAGCAUUACAUGUAGUGGAUUCAUUCCUUUAGAAGAUGUAGUGAGCAGAAAAGAGAGCCAGAUUCCUGAUACUAACAAGAACGCAGCCAUUACUCUAAUGGCAGAUUUCAUGGAGAUGGUGAAUAAUCCUCAUCUGAGUGAUGCUCAGCUGCAGACGGACUGUGGGGACGUGCUAAAUGUGCACAUGUUUGUGUUGUAUGCCCGCUGCCCCCUACUUGUUGAGGCGGUACACUCUGAAGGAUUCUAUGUAGAUGAAGCCAGCACAGGUCGUGUGAGACGUUUUCUGCUCAGUGAUGUGUCUGCUGAAGCCGCUCUUGUUUUUCUACAAUUCCUAUACUCUGCCAAGACAGACAUCCCCAGCCACUGCCUACCGCACGUUUGUGAACUGGCUCGUAGAUUUGGAGUGAAAAGUCUCAUAGACACCUGUGAACUUUUAGUGGGCAUACCCCAUGAGUCAGAAGAUGUAGCACCUACAGAAGAAAGAGAGGAGGAGGAUGAUGGAGGCGAGAGAGAAGAAAAUUUCCAGGAGUUAUUGAAGUCCAUGUGGAUGGAUGAGGAUGAAGAUCUACUUUCAGACAAGGAGGUGGCAGAAGGACUUGAGGAAAAAUUUGAUGAUGGACAGAUUGAAGAAGGGGAUUUGGAGGAAAUCUAUGAAUUUGCAGCCACUCAGCAUAGAAAAUCAGAGGAACAGACCACAGAAGCUGAAAGUAGUGGUGAACCUGAAGCUGGAUAUCAAGACAAGGAGUCUGAAGACCUUUCUACUUCAACCAGAAGCCAGGCUGCUAGAGAAGAACAGCCUAUGGAUGUAGUAAAUCAACAGUCUGUAGAAUGUCACUCAAAACGCAAUAUAAGAAAUAGUUCUUUAACAUUGUCUCCUGUUCAAAAGGAUGCUGCAGGGUCUCCUCUUCAGAAUUCACCUGUCUGUCUUCAAUCUUACAACCUGGGGUCUUCUCCUGCAAUACCUCCUUUAGCUUCCCCUUCUUGGACUAAAACUCAGCCACCUCCUGUUCAGUCUACUUCCAGACAGCACAGUUCCACAACUAACACUCCAGCAUGUCAACCUUUUAUCACACAUUCAGAGCCAUCCGUAAGUCCCUCAGCUGUGCUCAGUGAUACCUCUGCUGAAGUGGUCCACACUAUUUCACUCAUAUCUCCAGACAGAGAGGAAGAUCCUGAAGCAGACUUGUUCACCCAGCAUAGCCCUAUGCCUCUCGAUGAUAGCUAUGACCGUAUAUUUUCAGAGACAUGUGGGGAGUAUGUAGAGCCUUCAGGACUUUGCGAAUCAAGCUCUCGCAUGCAUGUAGACACCCCAUCCCAUGAGCUACCUGUACUUACAAGCUCACCUUCUGUUAUUCAACGUCCUACUCUUCCAGAGCUUGGAUCUCCAGCUAACAUCCAGCAGCAAACACGGUCCUUUCUAGGACAGUCCUCUUUAUCAGCUCCUGAGAAUGGAAAUUCCCCAGCCUCCAUUUGUAAAGAUUCUAAACAUAGUGAACCUACACAGAAUUCCAGCAAGGUUUCCUCUACAGCUGUGUCCGAUGAGCAAGACAUUAUCUUGAUCCUGUCAUCUGAUGAAGAGACAGAGAACAGUGCUCAAACUGCUGAAGGUAAAGCUCAUAGCAAUAGGUCUGGCAUUUUCACGAGCAUUAAAGAAUCUCCUGUUAGCUUCAGUAUUAGAAAAAACAGUGAAGGAAAUUCACUCCUGGAUAAAAGCAGUAGUUCAGAAAUGUCUUGGUUGGUACCUGCUACGCCUAUGCCACAUUUAACAGGGACAGGAGUUUCCCUGCUCCAAGCAUCACAUGUAGUGCAAUCACCAAAAACAUCCAAAGCAGGCAACCAUGAUGAUUCUCGUCAUAGCUUGGUGUCACCAACUCAGAGAAACACAUCUCUCGUGACUUUGAACAGAACCCAGACAUCUUCAUUUGCUAAUCGACCCCCAUACCCAAACACCCCUGAAAAGAUUGCAGGGUCCAGCACUAGCACAGGUAGCAAGAUUUCCUGUGUCCGCUCUUCGCCAGUAUCAUCCAUUGCUAGCAGUACUGUGUUUGAAGUUGUGGACAGUGAAGAGGAGGGGCCGAUGGCUGAGCCCCAGGCUGACACCAGUGCUUGCAGCUUCCAGAUGGAUUACGAUGAACCACCCAUUCCCAUUGAAGAUGAUUUGUGGAUAAACGCACAGGAGAGUCCAACAAGGCCUUACUUUUCACCAGAAAACGCUGCUUCUUUGCACAUCAAUGUAACACCAGCCAAGACCCCAGCACCCUCCCACAGGAUGUCUGCACUACAGGAAAGAGACAGUGAGCCUGAUAAAUGUGAGGACUCUCCUUGCACUACAGCUUCUCAGAGCAAACAAUCAAGUUAUCUCAACUCCAAGCUGUGGGAUGAGUGGGAGGACGAAGAGCCUGAACUGCCUGCUGUUCUGCCAUUGUCUCAGCGUCUAAGCAAAGUCCCAGAUGUGCAGAAGUUGCUCAGGACCCCAGUCUCUAUUGUGCGCAAGAGAGAGUUGGCACCAAAGGUUGCUAUCACUCCACUACCGGAUUAUUCGGACAUGGACACCCCAGUCUUAAAGAAGGAAUUAAACAGAUACGGAGUGAGAGCCCUUCCUAAGAAGCAGAUGGUGCUGAAACUGAAAGAAAUAUUCAGCUACACACAUCAAGUCAUGAGCUCUGAUUCUGAAGAUGACAUCCCCUCAUCACAGCCUGGCCGAAAAAUAAACAGUGCAAUCCAGGGGCAGAGUCUGCCUGCAUCCAGCGCUCCUGCCACCGCUACAACCUCCAGCAUUUCCCUGACACAGACAGGGAAGAGGACAACAACUGUAUGUGCAGCACAGGAAACCGAGAGUGGGGAUGAUCAGCCACCAACAGCGUCACAGGAAUCUACAACCUCUUCUGUGGCUGCAAGUGACACCUCCUCUAUAUCCCACAGUUCCAACACCAAUGAGUUUGAAACCGCAUUUGCAGAUGAAGACGAUGAGGAGUUGGUGCCAGCUUCUCAAGCAGCCAACAAAGAGGCACUGACAGCCGAGGCAGUGAGAAAGUUUAUAGAAGAUCACCCUGAUUUACAUAAACGUAUCUUGCUCUACCAGCCUCUGGACCUGGCAGCCCUUCACUCCGAACUUAAACAGAAUGGGAUUAAGAUAGCUGCUGGGAAGCUAUUGGACUUUCUCGAUGCGCACUGUAUAACUUUUACAACUGCAACAACACGGAAAGAAAAGAAGAGUCGCGGAAGGAGGAAAGCAGGAAAACGAUAUUGA